CUUCAAGAGUGGCUCUGACCCUUACGGCUAGCAUAGCAGUAAACGCAACGGAGGCUCGAUGGACACAUCUUUCUCGUAAUACGAGAUGUUGCGUUUUCCUUCGCGAUUUUUCUGACCGUGAGUCAAAAGAAGACGCGCAGAGGAUUGUAGAGUCAUGCGCGGUCCUCCACGAAGGUCGAUUAUCGUGUGGAUGACUCUAGCGUUCUUUUUACUUUUCGUUUGUCGAUUAUUACUCGAUCGCGGUUAUCGUCUUCAUUCACUCUCGAUCGAAAACUCGAAAGAGCGAUCCUACUCAUUGUCAGUUAGGAAAAAUCGGGCGCAAUUAUUGAAUUAUCGAGAGAAUGGUCAGGGCAGAACGUCCGCGUAUAUCGCUGGCGCUUACAUGGCCGGUCGACCAUCUGGAAAUGGAAGUUCUUGCAUCUGGUAUUAUGGCUUACCGCAUUCCCUCUCAUAUCCUUCCUCCAAGAUAAACUGGACACCGGAGAUCGGCGAGAAGAGUCCGUAUAGGGUACUUCCUUUCGUUUUACGUGGCAGAGACGUCGACAAAGAAGAUGCACCGCCGAUAACUCUAUGCACUCACGCGACGGCCGACCAAGUUUACGGCAUCGUCGAACUCGCCCGCAGGUGGGAGGGACCAUUGAGCCUGGCCGUUUUCUCGCCCGGCCUCGACGCCGGCCUGGCCGUCGCUCUGCUCGAUCGUGCUUGUCGAUGUGAAACAGCCAUGUCCAAGGUAUCCGUCCAUUUAAUAUUUCCUGCGAGAAGAGUACCCUCCCUUGAUCGUGCCUAUCAAGAGCAAGCCGAUUGUACAGCGUCGGAUCUACAAUGGCGAGAAAUGGAGACCGAAAGAUGGAAGAGUGGUAUGACGUAUCCUAUUAAUGUUGCCAGAAACGUGGCUAGAACGUCGGCCAAUACUGCGCGCGUUCUCGUAUCCGAUAUUGAAUUGCUGCCUAGCGAGAGAUUAGCCUCUGGCUUUUUAGCUAUGGUCCAUGAUAGACCGCCAAAACUUGGUGUCGUCUUUGUUCUACCAGUUUUCGAAAUCGAUGCGAAUGAGCAGCCUCCAUCGACUAAAAAGGAACUCCUCUCUGCAGCUAAAGCUGGCUUGGCUGUUUACUUUCAUAGAUUCCUGUGCCCGCAUUGCCAAAGAUUUCCGGGUUUAACAAGAUGGAUGGUAAGGACAGAUCCAGGAAAGGUCAGACCCCUUAUCAUAACUCGUAGAGAGUAUCCGCAUCAUAGAUGGGAGCCCGUCUUCAUAGGCAUGCGAGAAGAUCCCCUUUAUACAGAAAAUAUGUCUUGGGAAGGAAAACAGGACAAAAUGGCUCAGAUGUUCGAGAUGUGUCUCUUAAAUUAUCGUCUAGUUGUACUCGAUGGUGCCUUUUUAGUACAUACACCAGGAAUUAAGCGCAAACCACAGAUUAUUAGUGUAGCGAGACAGGAAUUUUUGCGACCUCAUGAAAAAAGAAAUGCAAAACUUUAUCAACGAGUCGUUAAGAGAUUGCUCGCGCAAUAUCCAACAAAUCGUAAAUGCACGCAAUGAUGGAUAUCUUGCAUCGAAAUAUUCAUUUUCAAAUAAAAUAUGUAACAAUAAGAUAUUUUUUAACGUUUGUGAUAUAUGUUGAUCAUAACGUUACACCUAUCUUUAUAGCGUGCGUUGCAUUUUGUGCGUGUAUUUUGUCUCGGAUCAAUUAGAUAGAAAUAAUAUACAUAAUUAAUUAUUGAUAUUCCGAAAUAAUGAAGAACUAUUAAAAAAUAAACAAUAGUUAAUAAAUAAAACGUUAUGUGUAUCUGCAUCAUGAUAUGAUCAAAACUUCUAUCCAAUACAAUCGCCUUUGUUUUACUUGCAAGACGGCAUAACGAUUAUUGCGCAAUCAGGGAUAAAACGUAUAAUAUGUAUUUAAAAAUGUAAGAAAAAAAUAUCAUAUACACGUCCAAUUUAUUUAACUAAUGCACGCGCUGUAUUUUUCAUCUGGAAGAAACCGAAACUUUUGUGUGGGAACUGAGUAACGAAAGGAAACAUCUGAUCACGCGCUUGUCCGUGCGUUGUAUACUUACUAUUUUUGUAUGGUUUAUCCUAUUAACUUCGUAUUCGACACGUCUUUAUUUCCAAUGGCAUGCUCUAAGAAACUUAUCUUUAUCCUUAGGUUCUGUCUACAGACACACACACACACACAAGAAUCUUUUAUAUUAAUAUGAUAUACAAAUUGGGAAUCCUAUACAAAAUCAGCAUAAGAAGGAUUUAACAAUGGAAUAUGAUGUAAUUAAUAAUCAUUUUAUGAUAUCAACGAUCGUGACGGGAUUGGAUCUGGGUUGCAUCUGGGUUGCAUCUGUGGCUACGUUUGGGUUGUGAUUCUGUACGAAACUUGACGCUAAAUAUAUAUAUUUGUAUUUAGUAAAUUGGUAAAUGAUAAUUAUAUUAAAUAUACACAUAUGUGUGUGUGUAUGUGAGUUGUGUAUUUAUAUAUAAAUAUGUAAUGUGUAUGCAGUGAUACGCGCGCGCGACAGAGAGAGAGAGAGAGAGAGAGACAGAGAUCAUGAGUGAAUAUCUCAUAAUAGAUAACCUCCUUCAGUACUAAAAGUUUUUUUAUUUUUAUUUAUAAUCUAUACGUCAAACAUCGAUAAAAGAUUCAACAAUUAUGAUAUUACGUAUCUAUCUUCCUCUGUGAAUAUCAUUAAACAAGCGUCGUAAGGCGCAUACGCAACGGUCCACUUAGUACCUUACUACCGCUGGAACCGCCAGUUUGAAUAAUUUCAUGGCACGUAUCGUAAUUACGCUUCGUUCUCUCGUUAAUUGCAGAAUGGGAGAGUACGACGUCUGGAUUUUCGUCUUCAAUUUUACUUAUUUACAAUGAGAAAUGGUGUUGGACACACGACGACGAGUGAUCGAAACAACAAGCACGCGGGGAAGCCAUUGCAAAGCUGACGUAACGCGCAUGCUCGACGAUACAGCUUCCUUGUUGCCGCUUAAUCCGCCAUUCUGAAUCAGUUCGUGGCACGUGUCCCAACCAAGCUUCGUCCUCUCGUUAAUUGCAGAAUGGAAGAGGUACGAUGUCCGGAUUAUCAAUUUUACUUACGUACAAUAAGAAGUGAUAUUCGAAACAGGACGACGAGUGGACGUAAAUUCUGUGAAUUUGUUCGUGAGCGUUAACGAUACAGUGUGCCCUGUGUUCCUAGAAAGAAGCAAGAUGGAUUCGGCUAGAGUUCAACAGAGUAGACGUCUUCCAUUUAAGUUUAUACAUUCAUUCUUCGAUUAAGCAGUGUUCUUUCAGCGAAACUUCUUUUAGUAAUUUGCCGUCAGAGUAUAUUUUUUGUUCGAUUGUACAUUUUUUGGGAAGUGCGUUUUAUAUACGUGGAAUAGUUGAUAAUUCGGAAUUCAUUCAAAUUGAUUAACGUUGAUGUAACAUUUCUUUAAUUUUACAUUAGUGGAUUUUACAUGGAUUCUUUCAACCUUCAUCGUCGUCAUGUGAUUAAUAAUCGACAUCAUCAGGAUAGGGAGGAGUUGUGCACGGUCGUCACCGCGCAGUUGAAUCUUUCUAGACGCAACCCACUUUUUAUCGAGCACUUGUUUAUGGUCGAGAUUUGUCUCGUACCAUUUUCUGUGCAUUUACGCUGGUUGCUCUGCCUUCGUCCAGCAUUAUAAAAUAACCGAGGACAUUCUACUCUCCUCCUUAUUUUUUAGACCUGCUUCAGAUGUCGUUAAUUGAUCUCACGUCGAGGACGAUCGAUGGGAAAAUCUAUGUACGCGAACGCGCUUAAUCUACAUUAUUUUAACGAGUCGACGUCCGUCUUGGAAUAUCACUGCGAAAUAAAAAUUGUAGACUUUUCGUUGAUAGUACAUGACAGAACGAAUACUGCUUAAAUCACGGAGUGGAUGUAUCAUUCGACGGAUCGUUUCCUGAUUGCUGUAAUGUGGUUGACAGUUCUUUAGCCAUCGAAAUGUUACAAGCACGUGGGGAAGCCAUUGCAAAGGUGACGUAAUGCGCAAGCGCAGCGGUCCACAGCCUCCUUGCUGCCUCAGAAUCCACCAUUUUGAAUAAUGAUUGGCACGUGUUAUGACCAAGCUUUUUUCUUGCAGGAUGGAAGAGGGCGUAGAUUCUGUAAAUUUGUUCGUCAGCGUUAACAACACAGUGUGGCCCAUGUUCCUAGAAAGAAGCAAGAUUGAUUUGGCUAGAGUUCAACAGAGUAGACGUCUUCCGUUUAAGUUUAUACAUUCAUUCUUCGAUUAAGCAGUGUUCUUUCAGCGAAACUUCUUUUAGUAAUUUGCCGUCAGAGUAUAUUUUUUGUUCGAUUGUACAUUUUUUGGGAAGUGCGUUUUAUAUACGUGGAAUAGUUGAUAAUUCGGAAUUCAUUCAAAUUGAUUAACGUUGAUGUAACAUUAUUUCUUUAAUUUUACAUUAGUGGAUUUUAUAUGGAUUCUUUCAACCUUCAUCGUCGUCAUGUGAUUAAUAAUCGACAUCAUCAGGAUAGGGAGGAGUUGUGCACGGUCGUCACCGCGCAGUUGAAUCUUUCUAGACGCAACCCACUUUUUAUCGAGCACUUGUUUAUGGUCGAGAUUUGUCUCGUACCAUUUUCUGUGCAUUUACGCUGGUUGCUCUGCCUUCGUCCAGCAUUAUAAAAUAACCGAGGACAUUCUACUCUCCUCCUUAUUUUUUAGACCUGCUUCAGAUGUCGUUAAUUGAUCUCACGUCGAGGACGAUCGAUGGGAAAAUCUAUGUACGCGAACGCGCUUAAUCUACAUUAUUUUAACGAGUCGACGUCCGUCUUGGAAUAUCACUGCGAAAUAAAAAUUGUAGACUUUUCGUUGAUAGUACAUGACAGAACGAAUACUGCUUAAAUCACGGAGUGGAUGUAUCAUUCGACGGAUCGUUUCCUGAUUGCUGUAAUGCGGUUGACAGUUCUUUAGCCCACGUGGGGAAGCCAUUGCAAAGGUGACGUAAUGCGCAAGCGCGGCGGUCCACAGCCCCCUUACUGCCUCAGAAUCCUCGUUGAUUGCAGAAUGGAAGAGGUAGGACGUCCAGAUUUUCGUCAUCAAUUUUACUUAUUUACAAUAAUAAAUGGUGUUCGACACACAACAACGACUGGAUGUAGACGUGAUUUCUUUCGUUAUUGUUGACAUUACAUCGUGGCUAGUUUUCUUAAAAAUAAGCAAGAUGAAUUUAGUUACAUUCGAACAGAAUUGACAUCUUGACAGUACGAACGCUACUUAAAUCGUGGAAGGAAGCGUUCCUUGAUCUAACAACCAGCUAAGGAAUCAUUAUUUUCGAUGAUAGAAAGAAAGAAGUAUAAAGUUCAAAAUUUUCGUCAUCAGUUUUACUUAUCUAUGAUAAGCAAUGGUAUUGGACACAGGACGACAACUGAUAAGCAAUAGUUGACAUAUAUUAUUAUUUAUUUUCACGUUACCCUUUACGAUAACGUUUAGCUAAUUCUACAUUUAUUUUUUCAGGUUAUAGGCAUUGCGAUUUCGUCCGUUAUUGUUAACAAUGCAUCGUGGCCCGUGUUCCUUGAAAUAAGCAUGGUGAAUUUAGUUACAGUCGAACAGAAUUGACAUCUGUUUACACAUUCAUUCUUCGAUUAAACAGUGUUCUGUUAACGAUACUUUUACAUCCGAGUAUAUUUUUCUUCCGAUUACAUUUUUCAUUUAAUAUACAUCGAGUAGCUGAUAAUUCAAAGUUUAUUCAAGUUGGAUAACGUUAUCGUAACUUCAUUCCUUUAAUCGAUGAAAAAAUCUAUUUAAGCGAACGCGUCUUAAAUAACACUAUUUCAACGAAUCAUAUGGUCUCUCUUGAAAUAUCGCUGCGAAAUAGAAACGAUAGGCUUUUCGUCGAUAGUAUACGACAGAACGAACACUGUUUAAAUCGAAAUAUAUGUGUUAAUUGGGUCGUGGAUUCCCGGAUAGCAGUUCCUAAGUAUCACGCUCGUUAGAGCAAGAUGGUUCUUUAUUCUCUUGUCUGAUGAGGAAUACUUAACAUUUUGAUAUUUUUAUUAUAACACUAUUUUUAUUAACUUUGUUAAUUUUUUUUUUUUUUUUUUUUUCUUUUAGGAAGCCUAUGUUGUAAUUUCGUUCUACUGUUUGGAUACGGAUAAAAGAACAAUUCAACGCUCUAGUUGGAAAUGGUCUUUGUAAAAUUGCGACUCAUGGAAAGCCUCCUUCCUCUAGGAUCUAUCAUGAAUAUGAAGAUGAGAAAGGAAAGGAAAGGAGCCAGGAAGAUGCGAUGGAAGCAAUAACGAAGGAUGGAAUCUUGAAGAAUCUUCCAUUGGAUUAAAAUCAGCAGGAAAACAACGCUUCCUUCAUUUUACCGAACCGAAAGAAGACUCGCCUCUCCUUCGUGCGUAUUGCUUCUUUAAAUCUGCUUAAGCUCCAACGUUCUACGUAAUUCUCGGCGAUAUUGCGCACCCCUAAGCGUUUCUGCAUGACACCCUAAGCGAUCCUGCGAUACCCUGAGCGUUUCUGCGAUACCCUGAGCGUUUCUGCGACACCCUGAGCGUUUCUGCGACACCCUGAGCGUUUCUGCGAUACACCCUGAGCGUUUCUGCGAUACCCUGAGCGUUUCUGCGAUACCCUGAGCGUUUCUGCGACACCCUGAGGGUUUCUGCGACACCCUGAGCGUUUCUGCGACACCCCGAGCGUUUCUGCGACACCCCGAGCGUUUCUGCGACACCCCGAGCGUUUCUGCGACACCCCGAGCGUUUCUGCGACACCCCGAGCGUUUCUGCGACACCCCGAGCGUUUCUGCGACACCCCGAGCGUUUCUGCGACACCCCGAGCGUUUCUGCGACACCCCGAGCGUUUCUGCGACACCCCGAGCGUUUCUGCGACAUCCCGAGCGUUUCUGCGACACUACCUUGAGCGUACCUUGGAUACCCUAAGCGAUCUUGCAUGAUACCCUGAGCGUUUCUGCGACACCCUCAGCGUACCUGCGCAAUCCCUAACGUCGUAUUCUGUUCAAUUCUCAGCGUUUUGCGUAACCACCAGCAUUUCAAACGAUUCCCCUGCUUUAGUCUUGCGCAUAAUUGCGAUGUUUUACGAAAAAUUACAAGAUAGAAACAAAUUUGUUAGAAUCAUUGUUAUAAUAUUGUUGGAGUUUAUAGAGCGUUGAAAAAAUGAAACUUCAAUUGGAAGGUAGUACAUCAGUUGAUUUUUUCUUUCCGGAAUGUUAACAUAAAAUUGUUUUAUACUUCACAAGAUAUUACGUGCGGUGCAACGUUUAAGCGGUUGUAUUAUUGUUUAAAUCUUAUUUUAUAUCGACCAAUCGUAUAUUAUAGAUUCUUUAAAUAAUUGUAAAGUGAUAGAAAGCAUACAUAAACUUGGGUGCGUUAAGAAAACUAUUAUUUAAGUAUAAUUUUAUAUCGAACAAACGUAUAUUGUAAACCGUUUAAAUAAUUGUAUAGUGAUAAGAAGCGUAUAUAAACAAUGGUGCGUUGAGAAAAAUAUUUAAAUAUAAUUUUAACUCGAGUAAACGUAUAGUAUAGAAUGUUCAAAUAAUUAGUUAAACUAAUAGAAAGUAUACAUAAAUUCUGAUGCGUUGAGAGAAUUAUCGUUUAAUUAUAAUUUUAUACCGAACAAACGUAUAUUGUAAAAUUGUUUAAAUAAUUGUAAAGUGAUAGAAAGCAUACAUAAAUUUGAUGCAUUAAGAGAA